CUGGCUGGGGGCAGUUUGAUAACCAUUUCCGCCUAUUUCUCGCAUAUAUCGUAGUGUUUAUCAAGAGUAGCAAAUUUUUCAUAAAGUGCUAUUUGUAAAUUAAUAAAUACAACCUUAUAAAUGGACCCAAACAGUGUCGGUCGUUCGAGCUGGGCCAUAAACCGGCGGGCGGAGGGUUUAGUGAGUAAACACAUGGCAGAAAUGGCACAGAGACGCUUAGCGGUGCCCGAGGAGGAUAUGAACCCUCUGCCCGCAGACUUGAGAAGGAGCGCAGAAGACAUCCCGGGGCGGGCGGAGGUGAAUUUCAGCGCGGAUUCACAGUCUUACAAUCCUGCAGGAGUGGCAGAAAAGUUAAUGCUAGAGAAUGCAUCAUCAUCUUCAGAGACAGCGGCCCACAGGAAAAUCAUAUCCCUUCUUAUUGAGAUCAAGGAGGAGCAACAGAGGCAGUGGGAAGUUCUGAAAGACCUGCAGGCCAGAAUUCAUGGACAAGUGUGUGAAGAGGAGGACGAACCUCUUGACAUAGAUCUGCCACUGAGAACUAUGGAACAGCUUGAUGAAACAGAGCAGCAUUUAGAGGAUACUGAAUCUCAGAGGAGAAUGGUGUCACAUCUCUCAAGGAUGGGCGGAGCCACGGUGGAUGAUGCGGUCCGGCGUCUUAUGCACGCUGUUCUCUCUUUCAGUGUGGGCUCGGAGCUCAACUGGGUGGGUAGAGGACAGAAACGGAGCUUCAGAAACACCAGACUGCAGGGGGUUUUAUUUCGUGCCUUGAAGAGGACACCCAUAGGAAAGGAGGCCACACACCACCAGUUUGCUGAUGUAGUGAAGAAAUGGCUGCGGUUUGCCCCUUUCCGACAAAGAGGAAGUGGACGAAGACCACACUGGAAACCUGUUGAGUUCAUCUGUCCCAAAUUUGACAGUACGGUGGAGGAUCACAACCAGCUUAAUCUGGAAUCUGAUGAGAUUCAGGUCACAAUAUAAUUACAUUCAGUGCUGCAAGUGGUAGAGUGGUACUUCCGAGGGUUUAAACUGUGGUCCCUAACACUUUCAGCACUGAAUACACUAAAUACUGUAUCACUAAAUGUAAAACAAAAACAGUAAAGUGAACUCCGUGAUUGAAGAAAUGUGACCCAUCCUGGCAAAAUGUGUCGAAAUGUGCAGAGGCUCAUUACAAGCUACAGUCAAAACAAGUAAUAUAGUCAAAUUUGUGGUUUUCACAGAAACGAGUUUAUUAAGCCCUCAUGUAGCGAUCCCAAUGCUCCACAUCCAAAAUUAUAUUUUGGAAAAUUUUUCUCUGCUCGCUUGACGAGUCGUCUGCUUAACGAUAUCUUCCCCUCGGCACAACAUUCAUAGCAAUUUUUUCUCAAAAUUGACUUUGCUGACAAUCGAUUUCAAACAAGUGUAGCUCAAACAUUUUUGGUCAACAAAUCAUACAUCAUUUUGAAGGUUUCUUUAACAAAGAAUGUGAAAAUAACAAAAACUAAUUUUUGAAAAUUUGCUCAUGGCGACUCUUUUUGCCAGCACGGGUCACAAACCAAAUGACAAGACUUUCAAAGGAUGAAUGUUACUUUUUUGUCAUAUUACAUUCUUUCUUAAUAUAAUAUUUUCUUUGCUAUCUUAAAGAUAUAUACUGUAAUUGCAGCAUAGAGCUUUAAAACAUAAUGGGCAAACGUAAAACAAUCUGUGUCUUGUAUAAUGUUUGCUUUGUGCCUGCAAAUAUAUUUAAAAAUAUUGUAAUAUUUUUCAAUUUAAACAAUGAUGGCGAUUUAUUUCAGUUUUUCAAAGUUUUAAAUUAAAAUAGUUUUGCAAUCCAUUUUUCAAGUUGGAAGUUGUUAAAGCUGCAGUCCGGCAUUUUUUCUCGUUGUCGCCAUCUCUGUUCGAAAUCUGCAACUGCAGUCAUUCGUGGAAUUUUCAACUUUACGCGAGUUGUACUUCAACACCCUCGACACGGCACAGCGCGGAUGAACACAGUGUUUGAGGAGUGUGUACAGCUAUUGUUCUGGUUCUGACAUUGCAGUAAAUCGUGCUCAUUAAAUAUAACAAUCGCUUAUCAUAUCACGCAAAACC